CCACUUUGCUUCGGCCCACAUUUUGCGUUUUGGCCGCUCAGUGUACGUGUGACUAGCAAAAGUUAAAGCAGACAGAGAACAACAAAGUAUUAAAAAACGAAAUAUGGCUAAUCGGGAUUUACAACUGAAUUCCGGCAUGCGAUGUGCCAAAUAUAUGCUCAUCAUAGUGAGCUUUAUGUUUGCGCUGACAGCCAUCUUGCUGAUCAUGGUCGGAACAACCAUUCAAACCAUUUUCGGAGACUUUAGUCUUUUCAUCGAUGGCCACUUCUCAUCUCCGCCAGCUCUGGUGAUAGCCAUUGGUUUUAUAUUGAUUGCAGUGGCCGUUUUGGGAGCGUACGGAGCUAUCAAGGAAAGUGUGAUGCUUAUUAAUCUGUAUGGCGUGUGCCUGUUCAUAGUCUUCAUCUUGGAAGUCUCAGCUGCAAUUGCUGCCUUCGUAAUGCAGACGCAGGUGAAGGGAAUGCUGAUGCGCACCAUGCACCAGGCCUUGUCGGAAUAUGAGAAGGACAGCUAUGUGGCAACUGGAGUCGAUUUUAUGCAAUCUGGUUUGGAGUGCUGCGGUGUUGGCAGUCCCGACGAUUGGAAGCAGUACUAUAGCCCCAACUUCAAUAUAACUGCCGAUUCCGAUGAUGUCGUGGUGCCCACUUCCUGCUGCGGCAGUCUGUCGGAGGAUUUCGAAAACGAGAACGAACUGAAGUGCUUGCAGCCCUUCGAGUAUGGGUGCUUCCGCAAAAUGAACUUUAUCAUUUCACAGAGUGCCAUGUUGAUUGCCACGGGAGCCACAACUGUGGCGUUUGUCCAGCUCUUGGGCGUCCUCUGCGCCUUCAUGUUGGCCAAAACUCUGCGCCGGAACAAGUCCAUCCGCGAGGCUCGUCGCUGGCAGCUACAGCAGAGCCUGGGAGUCCUGAUCUCUGGCGGAAAGAUGGUACCACCCCAGAAUUCAGCGGUGACGGGCUACCAGCAAUUGGACAGCACCGAGCAAGGCUCUAGUGAUCCCUACACCUACACACCACAAAGCCCCAGUGUCAACUAAAGGAUGAACAGAGCGAUAAUACAUUCUACAUACUAUAUAAAUACUAAUAUACAUAAAUGAUUUUCAAUUAUUGUUAACUAAACCAAAGUCAAACGGUUCGUCUUAUGACGAGGUGUUCCCAAAAAUAAAAGUUUGUCAGUCCCGAGUUCUAAGGACUGUCCGCCAAA